GUUCGUUCAGGUUUCAUAUGGUUGGUAACUCUGUCUUUUGACAGCCGUCAAAUGGGAAGCUUCAAAGGACGUGACGUCAUGUGUUUCUUUUCUACACGUUUUCGUAGUGAUCGGCAGCAGUGAAAAUUAACUCGAAAUGGGUCGUGUUCGUACCAAGACCGUAAAGAAGGCUUCCAAGGUAAUCAUCGAGAAGUACUACACUCGACUGACCAUGGACUUCCAUACAAAUAAGCGCAUAGUGGAGGAGGUGGCCAUCAUUCCGACCAAGCCGCUGCGUAACAAGAUUGCCGGUUUUGUUACACAUCUGAUGAAGCGAUUGCGCAACUCGCAAGUUCGGGGCAUUUCGAUCAAACUGCAAGAAGAAGAACGUGAGCGCCGAGAUAACUACGUACCAGAGGUCUCCGCCCUGGAGCAGGAUAUUAUUGAGGUCGACCCAGAGACUAAAGAAAUGUUGAAGCAUUUGGACUUCAGCAAUAUCGUCGUCCAAGUGACCAAUCCAACGGCGCAGGGCUACAGCAGACGUAACUAAAGUAGGAUCGAUAGCGUUAAUAUGGCACUGGAAAAAUAAAAAUUCUUCGAAUGAAGAAUAAUCAAUAAAUGAUCCCAAGGUAUCCGAUUGGGCAACAA